AUGUCACAAUUUACUGCCUCUCCGUCAAUUCUCCAAGAGAUCUUACCUCUGAACCCCGCCACCCAAAGACGGUAUCUAAAAUUACUAUCCCCCAGCGACAAUACAAGAUCAGAUAAAACCCGACAAUGGGGAUCCUCGAUGAAACUAUCCUUCAACGAUACCAAAAGCAUCGAGCAACUUCCUUUCUUUCAGGAUACUCUCCACCAACCUGCAUCAUUCGAGAUCGAUCUCUCAGGAUUUACUGAUGCAAAGAGAUGCUCAGUGAGUGAAAAUGUACUGAAAAGUAUCUAUGUCAUCUCGAGAUCGUCUGAGAGAAUGGACAGUAUGGUAAGCUUGAAGCCCUUAGAAGAAGACGCCGCAUCAUCAGAUGAUGGGGCAUUGGAAAAACUCAGAGCUCCAUACCCCAAGGCUGCUCAAGCCAGUAUGACGCAGCGUGAUGCCUUUACGCUCUCGAACCUACCCGAGGACAUCAAAAGGCGGUUGCAAGAUAGUAAUAUCCUUUCGAAGUUUUCAACUAUCGAAUUUCAUUUCCGGACCAGAUCAGAUGGGUCUAUCUUACCUCAACUAACUCGGACGUUACCAGAAUACUACAAAACCCCUGAAACGGAAAGUGGACGGUUGUCAAGCUUACCUGUCGAUAACAAGACUAAUGAAGGUAGAGAUCCGGACAACUAUAAAUGGGAGACACUGGAUUUCACUUCUGAGGUUGAGCUUUGCGUAGAUGUCAAUUCGGAUAGGACCAAAGUCCUGCCGUGGUACGAUGAAGAGAGGACCAAGGAGACUAUGCGAAGUGUCAUGGGUGAUUGGAAGAGUAUACCGGCUGUCUCAGUCUGUUAUGUCAAGGCGACUACCUCAUGA